UUUAAGCCGCGAAAUUUCUCUCACAUGUUAGGUUUUGAUCUUUAUGUUAUGCCAAGAAAUUUCCCCCUCGCGUCUAUUGCGAUCCUUCGAUCGAGGUAUGAGCACAUGUCUUGAACCUGACAAAUACCUACUUGAAAUAUAAAUAUUAUUAGGCCAGCUCAGCUCUGGUCCUACAUGCUGAUUCUUCUUCCUCCCCGCAAUUUCAUAUCCUUUCCUACUAGAUCCUCUCUCCCUUUCUACUUCGCCAAAAGCCAUUGAACUCAAAGCUUACCGUAGAUCUCAAAAUUCAAUGGCGGGAGUCAUUCAAACCUUAUUUCUCACACCUCCCUCACCUCAAAAGCUGUCUUAUCACCACCGAUUCUCUAAUUUCCGGCCAAUCUGCAAGCCAUACUUUACCCGCUCUUCUACCAUUUUCAAUCCGAGCCGUUCGAUCAAGAUUCCUACUAGAAUCAGAGCAUGCGAACGAUCUGAUAAGGUAUAUGGAAAUGGAAGUGGAAGUGGAAGUGGAGCUGCUAAAGCUUCGGGUUUGUCAUUGGGGAAUCAGCUGUCAACUUUUGUAGACAGGAAUUUUCUUCCACUAGCUCUUAUUGGUGGAGUACUGUUAGGACUUGCAAAUCCAAGUCUUGGUUGUAUUGCUGAUAAAUUUUAUCUAUCAAAAAUUACUACAGUUGGGAUAUUUUUCAUCUCAGGUUUGACAUUGCAAAAUGGGGAAAUUGGUGCUGCUGUAAAAGCUUGGCCUGUGGGACUUUUCGGCCUUUUUUCCGUUUUAUUGUUCACACCAUAUUUUUCAAAGAUGAUUUUGCAAAUUCAGCUCCAGCCACAGGAAUUUGUAACAGGACUGGCUUUCUUUUGCUGCAUGCCAACUACAUUAUCAAGUGGAGUUGCUCUAACUCAGCUGGCUGGAGGAAACUCAGCACUUGCUCUAGCAAUGACAGUGAUAUCAAAUCUUCUAGGAAUUUUGAUUAUACCCUUUUCUAUCUCCAAAUUUAUAGGUGCUGGUGUUGGUGUAUCUGUUCCAACUAAGCCACUGUUGAAAAGUCUUGUUCAAAUGCUUCUAAUCCCUCUUAUUGUGGGAAAGGUUUUUCGGGAAUCCUCCAAAGGAAUGGCAGAUUUUGUUGAUAAAAAUCGGAAGCUUUUCUCGAAGUUGAGUGCAAUCUUCCUCAGUUUAGCUCCAUGGAUACAAGUAAGCAGGUCAAGCUCGCUGCUCUUAAUGGUUAAGCCUGCUGUUUUCCUUAUAGCUAUUGGGAUGGGAAUAAUUCUGCAUUUAUUCCUACUUGGUUUUAAUGCUCUCGUUUUACAAGGCCUCUCAACUGUAUCUGGUGGUGACCAAUCAGUUUUUGCCAAGAAAGAAAAUGCCAGUGCUUUUGUCCUUGUCACAAGCCAGAAAACUCUUCCAGUGUUAGUGGCAGUAGUGGAACAGCUUGGUGGUGCAUUUGGUGAAACCGGUUUGCUGGUUCUUCCUUGUAUUGCUGCACACUUGAAUCAGAUCAUUAUCGAUUCUUUUCUUGUCAAUUCCUGGCUCCGGAAGGAUUCUGCAUCGAAACAAGUGAAGUUAGCCUGAGUCAUGGGAAUGCAUACCAUAAUUAUUCGACACAAGCAAAUAUUAUUUGCAAACACACGGAGUUUGUAUGUUACUGGUGCAAGUGGUUAGCAAAUCUGACAAUCGAGUCUCGUAUCAAGAGGAUGUAGAUUUGCAAGAAUUUUGCUACAGGCCACUCUUACGUGCAUUGGUCUCCUCCAUCUUGCAUCCCCAGACACACACACACCUUGUGUUUUUGCUCAUUGAAAGAAUAAAUUGCAUGUAUCUGUAGUUAAUAUAAGUAGGGACUUGAACUCAAUAUUGUUUAUUGAAUUGCCAACUCAUUGUUCUGUAUUGUUUUCUUUCUCUUUUCUCCUGAGGCAGGACCAAUCUAGUUUUAUAUUUGUAGCCAGCUUUUUCUAAUUGGCAUGCCUAUUUGAAACAUGAUAAAUCCGUCGAAGCUUUAACCCCCAUACAAGGCUUCAAUUAGUUUCAACCUAUGGACAUUGGAAGACUUGAAAAGCUGUACAUGGUAUUUCGAAGAAAUGUGAAUUUUAUUUAAUUUGCAGA